GAUGAAUGUGAAUGCAAGAACACACAUGGAAACUUAGGAUGCCUGGCUGUGGGACCUAAAAAAAUUCUCACAACCUGUUUCACAGUGGCCAUCUCUGAUGGUAAAACACAUAAAUGUGGAUAUUUGUCCAGGCGGGAUGUCGCACACCUUUACACCCACACUGCGUGGGACCCAUUAGUAACAACGAUUUUGCCUCCAUUCAAGAAAAAAACAUAGAGCAAGUUGGAGACGUAAUUUGGGCGUGUGGGAAAGUGGGAAGUUCGGGAUAUUGUGAUUCAGAUCCCACGAUUCUUCGUAUCACCAGGGCGAGGGGCCCGAAUUCCCAUGGUCUGUGAGCUACAAACAACUCAAUUUGUUCUGGUGUAAACUGUGAAACGACAGACAUUAAAGAUUCUCGAUACUUUUUAUAUUGAUCAACCGUACAACGGGGAGUUGAAAAGGCAUAUAUUUGAACAGGCUCUCAAAAUCGUUAGACAUAAAUGCUGUAAUUUGUGCAUGUCUUAGCUCCUCACGUAACCGGAUCCCUGUCAGCUUUCCCGUAAUUAGGUCUUGACACAAGGUUGAAAGUGCCGUGGCUAAAUUUGGCGAGUUUUACUGCAGUCUGUUUCUGUCAGUCGUUGACAGAAAUUUCUUCUGAGGAGCAGCUUGUACUUGUCUGGGGAAGACGUCUGAAGUCUAACCUAACUUGCCAAGUGUUCAUUACAGUAUUUUUUUGAUUGUCUUCCGACAUGGUUUAGUCAUCAACAGACGGUCCCAUCUUAGCCAUGGGGUCAUCUGGGUUAUCCGACUGACUUUUAAAUUUUAAUUUUUUUCUUGGUCGGGCGAGACAAGUUUAUGGUGGAGUGAAACCAUCAGCAUAUUUGAUAAGCGAGAAGGAAGGCAUGGGUUGUUGCCCCUCGAGUCUUGGGCACUCACCUCCUACCCAGGAAGACGUUGAAAUCAUUGUCAAACCUGAAGAAAAUGGAGGGGAGCCUGAAAUGGAUUCUAUUCCGCCAUUCACUGAAUAUUCACUUGAGGAGCUACGAGUGGCUACAAAUUACUUUAACUCAGACAACAUUGUUUCUGAAAGUGGAGAGAAGGCUCCAAAUGUUGUCUACAAAGGCAGACUGGAGAACAAUCGUUGGAUUGCAGUUAAAAAAUUCCCCAGAAUAGCUUGGCCUGAUGCAAAGCAGUUUGUGGAGGAGGCCUGGGGUGUUGGGCGGCUACGCCAUGAGAGAUUGGUCAAUUUAAUAGGGUAUUGUUGUGAAGGAGAUGAGCGCCUCUUAGUUGCAGAGUACAUGCCUAAUGAUACCCUUGCAAAACAUCUUUUCCAUUGGGAGAAGCAGACAAUGGAAUGGGCCAUGCGUUUGAGAGUUGCUUUUUAUAUUGCUCAAGCAUUAGAGCAUUGUAGUAAUGAAGGCCGACCUCUAUAUCACGACUUGAAUGCCUACAGAGUCCUUUUUGACCAGGAAGGGGAUCCUCGACUUUCAUGCUUUGGCCUUAUGAAAAAUAGCAGAGAUGGAAAGAGUUACAGCACGAAUCUUGCGUACACACCUCCAGAAUAUUUGAGAACCGGAAGAGUCACACCUGAGAGUGUCAGUUACAGUUAUGGCACAGUUCUUUUGGACCUUUUAAGUGGAAAACACAUUCCACCAAGCCAUGCUCUUGAUUUGAUAAGGGGGAAGAAUAUGCCAUUAUUAAUGGAUUCCCACUUAGAAGGGAAAUUUUCGCCAGAGGAUGGAACUGAGCUUGUGCGUAUUGCUUCACGUUGCUUACAAUUUGAACCACGGGAAAGGCCUAAUCCAAAGACCCUUGUAACAUCAUUGGCACUACUGCAGCAAAGAACAGAAGUAUCAUCUCAUGUUAUGAUGGGUAUUUCAAAAAAAGAGGAAACGCCACCUCCUCCACCACUUCCACCACUUUCUCAGUUGGGUGAGGCAUGUGCAAGAAUGGAUCUAACUGCAAUGCACCAAAUAAUGGUCAUGAUACAUUAUAAGGAUGAUGAGGGUACUAAUGAGCUAUCUUUUCAAGAAUGGACACAACAGAUGCAAGAUAUGCUAAAUGCAAGGAAGCUUGGUGAUCUAGCUUUUCGCGAUAAAGACUUCAAAACAGCUAUAGAUUACUAUGCACAGUUUAUUGAAGUUGGGACCAUGGUAUCUCCUACAGUUUAUGCCAGGAGAAGUUUAGCCUAUCUUCUCUGUGAUCAACCGGAUGCUGCUCUUCGUGAUGCUAUGCAAGCACAAUGUGUAUGUCCUGAAUGGCCCACUGCCUUCUACAUGCAAUCUGCUGCACUUAAUAAACUUGAUAUGCACAAGGAUGCUGCUGAUAUGUUAAAAGAAGGGGCAGCACUGGAGGAAAAGCGGCAACAAGCAAGGGGUUCAUAGAAGCACCAAUUUUUGUCAUGCAUAUAAUUGAAGAGUUAUUUAGUUGUACCUAAUCCUCUGUGCAUUGUGCUUUCUUGUCGAGUCUUAUUUUGCUGGCAAUCAAAUUUGCCUGUCUCCUAUGGAACUCCUAUGGAACUAGUUCCAUGGUUAUAGUAUAGUAACAUAUCUAUGUUAAUGGUGCGCUACUGUAUUUAUUAUUCUUUUGGGAUUAUUGUGGUAGAAUUAUCAACCAAUUAUGGCAGGGAAUUUGGUGUUCAUUUGAACGGAUUGCUCAUAAAGAGUGUCGAGGUGAUGUCCAUAGGCAAUGCAUAUUGUAAUCAGCAUUUCUGAAGGUGCUUGAAUUGUUGUACCGAUGAUGAAAGGUUCCCUAUGAUAAGAUUUUUAUAUCGAGGUUGUUUUGCUGUUUCCCAA